AUGACGACCUCAGCGCUGCGGCGCCAGGUGAAGAACAUCGUGCACAACUACUCAGAGGCGGAGAUCAAGGUGCGCGAGGCCACCAGCAAUGACCCCUGGGGCCCGCCCAGCUCGCUCAUGUCCGAGAUUGCGGACCUGACCUUCAACACGGUGGCCUUCGCCGAGGUCAUGGGCAUGCUGUGGCGGCGGCUCAACGACAGCGGCAAGAACUGGAGGCACGUGUACAAGGCGCUGACGCUGCUGGACUACCUGCUCAAGACGGGCUCGGAGCGGGUGGCCCACCAGUGCCGGGAGAACCUCUUCACCAUCCAGACGCUGAAGGACUUCCAGUACAUCGACCGCGACGGCAAGGACCAGGGCGUGAACGUGCGCGAGAAGGUCAAGCAGGUGAUGGCCCUGCUCAAGGACGAGGAGCGCCUCCGGCAGGAGCGGACCCACGCCCUCAAGACCAAGGAGCGCAUGGCGCUGGAGGGCAUGGCCAUGGGCAGCGGGCAGCUGGGCUUCAGCCGCCGCCAGGGCGAGGACUACGGCCGCGCCAGGGGCUCUCCGUCCUCCUACAAUUACCUGGAGCAGGCCCGGCCCCAGACGUCGGGAGAAGAGGAGCUGCAGCUGCAGUUGGCCCUGGCCAUGAGCCGCGAGGAGGCGGAGAAGCCAGUCCCCCCAACCUCCCUCAGGGACGAGGACCUGCAGCUGCAGCUGGCUCUUCGCCUGAGCCGGCAGGAGCACCAGAAGGAGGUGAGGUCCUGGCGGGGGGAGGACUCCCCCAUGGCCAAUGGUGCUGGGGCUGCAGCCCACCGUCGGAGGGAAAGAGAGCCCGAGAGAGAAGAGAGGAAGGAGGAGGAGAAGCUGAAAACCAGCCAGUCCUCCAUCCUGGACUUGGCGGACAUCUUCGCACCCACCCCUGCCCCGCCUUCCACGCACGGCUCCGCCGACCCAUGGGACAUCCCAGGUCUCAGGUCCAACACAGAGCCCAGCGGCUCCUCCUGGGGGCCUUCUGCAGACCCCUGGUCUCCAGUCCCCGCGGGAAGCAUCCUGUCCCGAAGCCAGCCGUGGGACCUGCCCCCUACGCUCUCCUCCUCUGAACCCUGGGGCCGGACCCCAGUGCUGCCUGCUGGAGCCCCCACUACAGACCCCUGGACACAGAAUUCCUCCCCCAACAAACUCCCCAACACUGGGGCUGACCCCUGGGGGGCCUUGGUGGACACGUCCAACACACCUGCUCUAGGUGGCACCUCGACCUUUGAUCCAUUUGCCAAACCUCCAGGAUCCACAGAGACCAAGGAGGGGCUGGAGGGUGCCCAGGCCCUGCCCUCGGGGAAAGCCAGCAGUCCCGUGGAGCUGGACCUGUUUGGAGACCCCAUCCCCAGUUCCAAGCAAAAUGGUACCAAGGAGCCAGAUGCCUUUGACCUGGGUCUAGUGGGGGAAGCCCUAGCCCAGCCCAGCAAGGAGGCCCGAGCUCGCACACCCGAGUCCUUCCUGGGCCCCUCAGCCUCCUCGCUGGUCAACCUGGACUCCUUAGUCAAGACACCCCAGGCUGCAAAGACCCGGAACCCCUUCCUGACAGAUCUAGGCGCUCCAUCCCCCACCAACCCGUUUGGCGCAGGCGAGCCGGGCAGGCCAACCCUGAACCAGAUGCGCACCGGGUCGCCGGCGCUGGGCCUUGCGGCCGGCAGGCCCUUGGGGGCGCCCUUGAGCUCCAUGACCUACAGCACCUCCCUGCCCCUCCCCCUCAGCAGCGUGCCGGCCGGCGUGACCCUCCCCGCCUCCGUCAGCGUCUUCCCGCGGGCCGGAGCCUUCACGCCGCCGCCCGCGAGCCUGCCGCCGCCGCUGCUGCCCUCGCUGGACUCAGCCGGGCCGCUCCACCCCGCCCCGCAGGCCGGCACCAACCCCUUCCUCUGAGCACCGGCCCCCGGCGUGCGGGCGAGGCCCCGCCCCCCGACCCGGACCGCGCCGACCUGCUCCCCAGAUGUUGGGGCGAGGCUAGGAUCUGCUGGGGAAGCCCGGGACGGCUGAGGCUCCACCCCGAGGCCAGGCCGACCCAGGUCCUCGGGAGGUCCAGGAGCUAGAGGCUGAGGACGGCUCCGGCCGAGACCACGUCCCCGCAAUAAAGACUGGAACCCAGGGUCUCGGCUCUCACCAACUGGACUCCUUGCGGGACGUGGCGGCCAGGUCUGGACCACACCGCACAUCACCGGCUGCUGUGGAAAUCGCCCCACAACGUGGGGCCCAAACCCGCUCCCCGGUCCCGCACAGCCCCCUCAGCCUGGCACUUUCGCUCCCAGAUGCUCCCUAAGCGCUCCCUCAUUGGAUCAUUUUCAUUCAUUUGUCACACAUAGGCGUUGGGGUGAUCGAAUAGCACGGAACCCAUUUGUUACACACUCACGUGCUAAGCACUUGAGACAGAUUACUUCCUUUAAUUCUUGCAACCGCCCUCUGAAGUAGGUAACAGGACUCCCAUUCAGAACUAGCUCCGUGAUUUGUGGGGCCCAGCCCCAAACGAAAACGCAGGGCCCCUUGCUCAGAGUUGGGUUAAGAAUGUCCACAGGCGGACAGCAGAGCAUUAAACCAAGCGCAAAACCCACUUUAUAGAGGAGGAGACUGAGGCUCAACGUCACAACGCUAGCACAGAGCGGGGCUGGGACCCAGCGUCAGACAGUUUGGCUCCACUGGCUUUGAGGUCCCUGGCUGCACAGCGGGUUUAAUUGGCAAAUAUUGACGGACUGUCGUGAACCAAGUGCUGGCUUGACUGCGGAGAAACCACUAAGCAUCACUAAGCCCACAGCCUCCCGGAGCCCAGAACUCACUGGGGCAGGCGAGCCAGGUACAGGAGCCCCAGCUCCUUGGUUUUACUGAGUCGCCUUCAAUCUGGCGCUCCCCUCCCCUCCUUUCCCGGGGCUGGCAAUAAACUCAACCUCAGCCAUGCAGAGGGAGC